AUGUUAGGAAAUAGUAAUAAUUAUAUAGAAAAAGUGAAAAAUUUAGAUACCAAUAUAAUAAAUGAUGACGACAAAGACGACGAAUGUGUCAUAGUGCAUAAGAUUCCCGAUUCAUGGUUGAGAGUAUAUCCAGCCCCGAAAUUAUCUGAAGAACCUCUGUAUUCUGUUAUAGUGAGAUGCAUCUUGUGCCAAUUAGGGCUUGCAACAUUUUUAAUAAUUUGGACUGUCAUUGCAAUUUUCAUAGUACAAUCUUUUGAAGGACCUCAGGAAGCUAAAGUAUCCUUGGAGUUCGAAAAAGAACAGAGUCAAUUAGUCAUCGACCUCGCUACAGAACUUAGACAGAUUACUCCCUUAUCACCAAGAUGGCGUCACGCGAUAGAACAACGUAUAGAGGAUGAACGACAGCUAACGAUGUUAGCGAUGAGGGCAGGCGCAAGACUCAAGCCCGGACAGUUUUGGGACUUACCCGGCACAUUUCUGUUUGCUGUGUAUGUCAUGACUGCUUUAGUGGUAAACGUGAGCACUUGUGCCAUAGUUCACGUAGAAGCAUACGCGAAGUAUUUGAAAGACAACUUUCGCAAACUUGACGUCAAUUCUGACUCCGAAAACAAAAGAGAAUUCGGUAUACCAUUAGUGAAUGAAGUUAAAAAGUAUGAUAUAACAGUCAAAAGCACAGAAGAUGUAGGCCAAAGAUGUUUGAGAGUGAUUGGCGCAGGUCACUGCGUGCCUCUAGCUACAAUUUCAUAUUACGUGAUCGGAGUAGUUUCGUUCGGAGUGCUUCGGGGCAAAACUGCAUUAGAAACUGUCAUGUUCCCUUUAGAAUUCACGACUACGGGGGGCUUGGAACGAGUAGAAGGACAUGUACGUAUUCUCUAUGGAUUCUACGUAGAAGGAGCGAUGUGCCUUCUUGCCUGCAUCCUCGCGAUUUUCCGUCGACACAGCAGUUCAACUUUCUCUACUUUAUCGCAAACUUACAGACUUAUUGAGACUGAUGUAUGUAGAGACUGUAGUAAUGUUAUUAGA